AUGACCGCUGCUUUUAUUCUUGAAGAUCAUUCUCACAGGAGAUACAAUCCUUUGAAAGGUACCUGGGUCCUGGUAUCACCUCAUAGAGCAAAGAGACCUUGGCUAGGACAAAAAGAAGUUGCUUCUAAACCGGAUAAUCCACCUUAUGACCCUGAAUGUUAUCUAUGUCCUGGUAAUUCUAGGGCUACUGGCGCCACCAAUCCCCAGUACGAUUCGACAUUUAUCUUUGUCAAUGAUUUUUCUGCAGUUAAAUUAGAUCAACCUCAUGAUAUUGGGGAGAGAGCAGGUGAAGAAAGUUUGAAGCAAAGACUUUUCAAGACUGAAUCCGUAAGAGGCGUUUGCUUCGUAAUUUGCUUCAGCCCUCAACAUAAUUUGACAAUUCCACAGAUGCCAUUGAAUGAAGUGGUUAAAAUUGUAGAAGCAUGGAACGAAUUAUACCAAACUGUUUCAUUUGAAGCGGCUCAACAAGGAAAACCCUUUAAAUAUUUACAGAUAUUUGAAAAUAAGGGAACAGCUAUGGGCUGUUCCAAUUUGCAUCCUCAUGGACAAGCAUGGUGUUUAGAAUCAGUGCCUACCGAAGUAUUAGAAGAAUUAAAAUCCAUAAAGAAUUACAGAGAGGAGAAUCACUCGCACCUUUUGGGGGAUUGUGUAGAAUUGGAAUUGGAAGAGAAGGCGAGAAUAGUACUAGAAAACGAUUCAUUCAUCGUAAUUGUCCCAUACUGGGCUGUGUGGCCAUUUGAAACUAUGGUUGUGUCUAAGAGUAAGGUGGCUUCCAUAGAUAAAUUUAAUGAAAUGCAAAGAAGGGACCUUUCAUCUAUUUUACUUGAGUUAACAAAGAAAUACGAUAACCUUUUUCAAACAAGCUUUCCAUACUCAAUGGGGAUUCAUCAAGCACCUUUAAACGCUCAGGGUGAUGAUCUGGAAAAUAGUUGGUUUCAUAUGCAUUUCUAUCCGCCUUUGUUAAGGUCUGCCACGGUGAGGAAAUUUUUAGUUGGGUUUGAAUUAUUGGGAGAACCUCAAAGAGAUUUAACUGCUGAACAAGCGGCUCAAAGAUUAAGGGAUGUGGAUGGUACAGUACAUUAUUUAGAAAGAAACGAUGUUUAA